AUGUGGAGCAACCAAGACCACGUACAGGGAUCCUCAAAUGUCGACCUUGACGCCGCGGACAAUUCUGAAAGUGAAUUUAGCCUGCGAUCUUUUUCAACAAGUGGAGUUUCUUCCUUGAUGCCUAGAUCAUGGGGUUUGGGAUCGAAAACUGAGAAGAAAGUCUCAACUCCAUCUAGGUUGUUUUCUGACAUACCUGAAGCUUGCAGUCUGGUGAGAACGAAUCACUGUGAUCAGGUUACUUCACUGAGUCCUGGUGACCACCCAAAGACCAAUUCUUGUCCUCCGAGAAAACGUCAAAGGCUGACUCCUGCGUCUAGUCAUAGUCCACCGUUCUCAUAUCGUCCUCGCAUUGGAACUACCUAUGGUGGAGCAGCUAGCUGCCGAACUGCUCGAGAGUUAUUCGAGUUCACAACACCGCUGAGGUUUGAACUAAGCUCUGGAAAUAAAAUGCAAUCUAAAGAGAGUUCAAAAGCCAAUUAA